AUGGCCGAGGAAGAUAGCAAAUUGAAGAGGUUCAGUGGCGUACAGGUCACGCCGAGCACCAGUCGGAGAGGUUCCGGCAACUGGUGGGGAGACGAACCGAUAAAUAUCGACGAAGCUCUAUUCGAUUUUGAGGAACUCCGCAGAGAACUCUCCCUAGCGACCCGCCAAUCCUCUCGCCCAAACUCCCGCCCCACUUCGAGAAUACUUGCGGCCUCCCGCCGCGCAUCCCGACAGAUCGAGGACGUAGAAGAGGACGUAGAACUAGGCGAUGUGGCAAACGUCCACGGUUUCGACCUGGAGGAGUACCUCCAGCGCAGCAACAAAGAUGCCUACAACUCCGGUAUCAUCCCGAAGAGGAUAGGAGUAUCCUUCCGAAACCUAGGCGUCAGCGGGACUGGGUCCGGGUAUGCGGUUGUGUCUACAUUUCUUGAUGAGUUUUUGAACCUGUUCGGGAAGUCCAUUUUGGAGCGGGGGUGGGAGUAUGGGUCGAAGGCGGUUGGUAAGAUCUGGGACCGGUCGGGGGGGAAGGGGAGGGAUGUCAAAUAUAUAAUUCAGGGCUUUUCUGGGGUCGUCAGGCCUGGUGAGAUGCUCCUGGUGCUAGGAAGGCCUGGGAGCGGAACGUCCACGUUUCUGCGUGCGUUGACGAAUCAGAAGAGGGAGUUUACGAGGAUUGAAGGGGAUAUACAUUACUCUGGGGUGCCUUUUGAGCUGGCGGAGGGGAGGUAUCGGGGGGAGAUCUUGUUUAAUAGUGAAGAGGAUAUACACCAUCCCACGUUGACCGUCCAGCAAACGCUCAAGUUUGCCCUUAGCACAAAGACACCAGCGACGCGCAUACCGGGCCUGUCGAGAGACGCCUUUGUCCAACAAAUGUUGGAGCUCUUCGCCAAGAUGUUCGGAAUGAAGCACACUCUGAACACAAUGGUCGGUAACUCCUUCAUCCGUGGAGUAAGCGGCGGUGAGCGAAAGCGUGUGUCAAUCAUAGAAGCACUGGCAUCCCGCGCGACCGUUAACGCCUGGGACAACUCCACCCGUGGGCUUGACAGUUCUACAGCGGUAGACUACAUCCACGCUCUCCGAAUCCUAAGCACAUUAACCCACUCCACUAACAUCGUAACCCUCUACCAAGCCGGGGAGCAAAUCUACCGAGAAUUCGACAAAGUCUGCGUGAUAGACAGCGGGCGACAAAUCUAUUACGGCCGUGGAUCCUCCGCGACCAAAUACUUCGAGUCCCUCGGCUUCCACCGGAACCCGCGGAGCACAACAGCGGACUUCCUAACCAGCGUGUCGGACCCGAACAAGCGCAAGAUCAAGCCGGGCUGGGAGGACAAGACGCCGCUAACCCCCCGAGAGCUAGAAGCUGCCUUCAAGAGCAGCACCCACUGGACAGCCCUGCAGGAGGAACUGACCGCCUACGACGAGGAACUCCGAUCCGGUCGUGACGCACGCGACUUCCGCGACGCCGUGAAGCAGGAUAAAUCACGGCGAAGUGGGAAGGGAAGUCCGUAUGUGGUAUCGCUACCGCGACAGAUAUGGUACCUCACGAAACGGGACUUCCAACUCCGUCUCCAGGACAAGGUCGCCAUGAGCAGUCGGUUCUUCAACACUCUCGUCCUAGCGCUCAUCAUCGGCAGUCUCUUCUUCGGGAUCGAUCGCACGUCCGAGGGCACUUUCGAGAUCGGGGGAACCCUCUUCUUCAAUAUUGUCGUGAUCGGAUGGAUGCAGAUGUACGAGGCUAUCGACAUGACCGUUGGUCGAUCCAUCACCUCGAAGCACACCACCUUCGCAUUCUAUCGCCCGUCCGCACUCGUGCUGGCAAAGUCUUUGGUGGACUUGCCGAUCUUGAUGGUGCAGUGUUCGCUCUACACUGUCGUCUUGUACUUUAUGGCGGGCUUGGAAGUGAACGCCGGCAAGUUCUUUUUGAACCUGUUGUUCGUGUUUGCUUGCACCGUCUGUCUGACAGCAUUUAACCGUGCCGUUGGAGCCUUCAGUAGAGACCUCAACGCCGCUAUACGAACCGCCUUCUUCGGCCUGCACGUGAUGAUCUUCUUCACAGGAUACCUGCAGCCGGAGGGGAACAUGAAAUCCUGGGUAUUCAAAUGGAUAUACUGGGCCCAACCGCUGACAUACUGUCUAGAAGCGUUAAUGGUGAACCAACUAGAAGGUGUAUUCAUCAGAUGUUCGGAGGACCAACUAAUCCCCGACAUUCCAUCCGCCAGCGUCGCAAACAAAGUCUGCCAACUAGCCGGCUCCGAACAGGGCACAGAAUUCAUCUCGGGCACUGACUUCCUACAAGCGGCUUGGGGCUACUCGCGCUCCCACGUCUGGCGCAACUUCGGCAUAAAUAUGGAGUCUCCGGAACCUCCACAAGGAAGUACACGAAACGGCCGAGGAACCGGAACGAACCGUCCGAUCCCCCACGCCCCCCCCUCCUUCCGAAAACCCGGGCGGAGCCCCCGGCGCUGGAAAGCAGAUUCUCCCAAACCACCGACGGCGACGAUGACAAAGCCCAAGGCGGCGGCGGCUCCUGCUACACCUGGAGGGACGUGA